AUGCGAAUCCUCUGUCUCCAUGGCUGGGGGGCGAACCCUGAGGUCAUGAAGCGCCAGAUGUCAGCACUGAUAAAACACUGCGAUCCCAGCUGGCAAUUCCAUUUCCUGGCAGGCAAUGUAGAAACCCCGCCAGUUCCAGGCAUUGCCGACAUCUUUCCAGGCCCCUAUCUCUGCUGGACCUUUGACUUCGCCCCCGCCUCCGUCAGAGCAUCUCUUGAUCUCAUCCACGAGACAUUCGCGAAUGAAGGCCCAUUCGACGGAGUCUUCGGCUUCAGCCAGGGUGCAGCCGUAAUGGCCGCCUACCUCCUCGAGCAGGCAGCCCUCCACCCCGAAAAGCCACUGCCAGUCAAAUUCGGAGUCUUCUGCUCCACGCCACCGAUUCUCACGUCUGACCCGGCCUAUAUCCAGUCACUAUACGGUUCGUUGUCCCCAGAUGACCUCAGCCGUCUACGCUCUGGCAAGCCCGAUGAAAUAGAGAAACUCCCCGAGCCAGCGCGAGAUGCGGUCCUGAUGCUGGUGAAGAAUUUGGCCGCCACGAAGUCAAUCCACGGACAGUCAGAUACUUACUUCACUGAUCGGCCAAUACCUGAAAUUCCAUGUGUUGUGCAUCCGGAUCUGUAUAGCGCGCGCCUUUCUAUCCCGACACUGCAUGCUUGUAGCAAGAAUGAUCCGCCGUUCAUGCAGCGGGCUUCUGCGCUGUGCGGAUCGUUUUGUGAUUCUAAGAGUCAGCGGUCUUUCACACAUAGCUCUAUACAUAACCUUCCGCGUGUCCCUGGUGAGGUCAAAGAGAUGGCGGCUAUUAUGGAGUCGGUGGCCUCGUGGAAUCAACACUCUAGGCUGUGA